GCUGAAGCCACAAGGGGCUCUGAUGUGAAAAGUCAAUACCAAUAUACGUGCAAGCAACUCGUCCCGAGUUCGAUCCCGGUUCAGGUCCUUCUUUUGCCUUCUACGGAUACAUUAUCCGUAGGAUCCAUUCUGUUUGUCGUGUCAACCAAAACAGAUUGUUUGUUGCGAAAUUCAAUAUGGAACCAGAUGGAGCGGCGGACGUGGAGCCGAUGCGGCAGCCGUUGGACCUUGUGCGACUACGGUGGUAUCUGGAGAAACAUUUCGCGAUGAUGGGGAAGAACGUGGGCUUAUCUGUGCACCAAUUCAAGCACGGGCAAAGCAACCCGACGUACUUGGUCGAGUUUGGAGCACAGCGCAUGGUGUUGCGAAAGCAACCAGCAGGCAAUAUCCUUCCAUCGGCCCAUGCAGUGGACAGGGAAUAUCGCGUGAUGGAGGCGUUGCAAACCACGGCCGUGCCGGUGCCUCGGAUGGUGGCGUUCUGCAACGACCCGUCGGUAUUGGGCACGCCGUUUUUCCUCAUGGAAUACGUCCCAGGACGCGUGUUCAAGGAUCCCUCCCUGCCCAACAUGACACCCAUGGAGAGAUACGCCAUCUACCACGCGUUAAUCGACGUGUUGGCCACGUUGCAUGCCCUAGACCCGUCAUCCCUUGGACUUGGGGACUUUGGGAAGGCCCGAGAGUACGGGCAGCGGGUGCUGCGUACAUGGACGCGGCAGUACAACGCGCAGAUGGCCGUGUUAGUCCAGCACAAGAUCGCAUUAGGAGGCGAAGGUGAUGUAAAGGCCGUGUCCGACUACCUCCACGGCGCCGUGGGCUCAAUUCCGGACGAGAGUUGCAUUGUGCACGGGGACUUUCGCCUGGAUAAUGUCAUCUUCCAUCCCACCGAGCCCCGGAUUGUGGCGUUGCUGGAUUGGGAGCUCAGCACCGUCGGCCACCCCUUGGCCGACGUGGCGACCUUGUGCUCGUUAUAUCGAGUGCCUGCGACGACGUCCCAAAUGGUACAUGGUCUCGCAAAUCGGAACCUUCCCCGCCUUGGCAUCCCCACAGAAGCCCAUGUCGUGCGUACGUACUGCAAACGCAUGCUGAGGUACCCAGUGGCAGAUGCCACGUGGCGGUUCUACCUCUCGCUCGUGUUCUUUCGCUUGGCGGUGAUCCUCCAAGGCGUGUACGCGCGGCAAGUGCUGGGCAAUGCAUCGUCUGCGCACGCGGGCGCGGCCAAGGACUGCUACUUGCUGUUCAUUCAACUGGGCGCCGCCAUCGGGCACGAAGGCGGCUACAACAACGAUGCACUUAGUAACAAGAAUAUGGUGAAUCCGUCCGUGUUAAUGGGGCUGCCCUUGAGUCCGCAUGCAUUGCAAGUGUACGGGAAGCUCCAGCGCUUUUGCGAUGCGCGAGUAUUUCCAAGUGAGUCGGUGCAUGUGGCGGAGCUGGCGGCGCUGAAAGAUGCCGGACGUGCGUGGUUGGAAGUGCCGCCGAUCGUCGAAACGCUCAAGGCGGAAGCCAAGGCCCUUGGAUUGUGGAACUUGUUUCUGACCAAAGUAACCCUGCCCAACGGCGUCACAUAUGGCGAAACCCUGACCAAUGUCGAGUAUGCUCUCAUGUGCGAACUCAUGGGGCGAUGUGUGACGCUGGCCCCGGAGGUGUUCAAUUGCGCGGCGCCAGACACGGGUAACAUGGAGAUCCUGAGCCGAUUUGGCACAUGGGAGCAGCAGCAGCGGUGGCUCGUGCCGCUCUGUGAAGGCAAGAUCCGGUCCUGCUUUGCCAUGACGGAGCGAUACGUGGCCUCGUCUGACGCGACCAACGUGUGCACGCAGGUCGAACGAUGCGACGAUGGAUAUGUGAUCAACGGAGACAAGUGGUACAUCUCGGGGGCCGGCGACCCGCGCUGCCAACUCAUUAUCGUCAUGGGCAAGAUCAAAUCAACAGAGAUAUUAUCUCCAUUUCGCCAACAGUCUAUGAUCUUGGUACCAAUCGACACGCCAGGUGGGUUGUACGUUUACCGUAUCCAAUUACUUGUUGCCGACAUGCAGACGAUACCGUAUCAUGUUUUUGUAUUCCGACAUUCCUGGUUGAUCGAUCUAUCAUGUCCGUAGUAUCGGAUUACUUGAUUCCGAUAUGGGGAAUCUACUAGGCGUGUCGUUGAAGCGACCGAUGCACGUGUUUGGGUACGACGACGCUCCACACGGUCAUUUGGAAGUGUCGUUCCACAACGUAAAGGUCCCGUUGACGUCCAUCUUGCUGGGAGACGGGCGGGGCUUUGAGAUAGCCCAAGCUCGACUCGGACCUGGCCGAAUCCACCACUGCAUGCGCGCGAUCGGGAUGGCCGAGCGCUGCAUGGAGCUCAUGGUCCAUCGCGCCAAGACAAGGUAUGCGUUUCAGCAACUGUUGGCUGAAAACCCCGUCGUCGCGGCGUCCGUGGCCAAGUCGAGAUGGUUUGUUCGUUGAAUGCUUGCAAGGUGGCUCCAUGGACCUGUGUGUGUGUGUGUGCGUAGUGAGUUGGACAGCGCGCGACUGCUGACACUGCACGCGGCACACGAGAUGGACACCAAGGGCAACAAAGCAGCGGCCCAAGCGAUCGCGAUGAUCAAGAUCGUGGCCCCGAAUAUGGCCAUCAACGUGUGUGAUCGCGCCGUCCAGAUCCAUGGCGCGGCGGGGGUGAGCCAGGACUUUGUGCUGGCGUACUACCUGGCGGCGCUGCGAACGCUGCGCUUGGCGGAUGGACCGGACGAGGUCCACAUGCGCACAAUUGCCAAGGCCGAGUUUGUCAAGUCGCACCUAUAGUUGCAUCAUCAUGGGAGAUUUCGGAGAUAUGAUUUCUCUUUUUCUUUUUCCGUAAAAAUUCAAAGCAAAGUAUUGUCGAUUUGAUACAAAUUUGGGGAGGGGGUGCAAUCGAAUCGCG